UGCUCGCAGCCGAUUGGCUGAGGUGUCUGCCAGUCAGAGGAGCUGGGAGCCAGGCGCUGCUAGGAGAGCAGAUUAUGAAGCGGAGCUCUACCAGCGGCAGUCGCCUCUUAUUGUCUCAAUGGCUGCACACGCAUUCCUCCUCUGCUCCCUCGGCUUGCUGUCAGCUCUCAGCCGGCCCGGGCUCUCCUUCACUGAGGAAGAGUCACAGCCAGGACUUAUCUAUGAAGAAGUGCCUGAAUUAUUGGACAGAAGCAAAGAAAACCCCAAACAAGCGACAAGAGUCACAUCACGUCAAGAUGGGGAGUACGGCUUAGAGAGCGAGGAGGUUAUUUUGACGCCCGAAGAUGAGAACCCACUCAGGAGAAUACUGCAGCCAUUCGCCUGGCAUCAGCCUGGGUUGUCUCACAGUAAGAGGAAGCUGCUUCAGUCUCUGAUGGGGCCUUAUGGCCCACUGAGUGUGUCUUACAACGGGAAGACCUGCAUUCUGUUUAAGGCGAAGCGCCUGGCGAUCCGCUACAGGAAUCACACUUUUAUCGAUCUGACAGAACGGGUCUUCAACCCCAACUCGCCUGUGGACACUAAAGGCUCCAUCUGCACCAAGGAGAAAGCUACGCUUUCAUUGAGGUUUGGUGAUGUGGAGGACUUGCGAGGUCUAGUAAUCAGGCUCCAGAUGUCCAACACCUUUUACGAGGCAGCCGGUCAAAACUGGUUCACACUCGACAGCGUUCACAUCCACUACAACUGGACCCAGGAGGCCACGUUCAACGCCAGCGAGGUCUACGCUCCUGCCACUUCAUCCUACCAUUGCCAGCACGUCAGCAGUCUGCACAAAUACGACACCCUGCUAGUACCCAGCUCCCACACUGACACAUCCGCUAACUGGCACAUCACUUUCACUGAUUUCCAGAUCCAGGCCUUCAAUGUUCAGUCGGACAAGUUUGCGUCAGCCAGUGACUGUGCCACUUUCUUGACGCCGGCCAUCCUGAUGGGCUUGGUGACAUCUCUGAUCCUGCUCCUCGUCUUAGCCUACGCCCUGCAUAUGGUGGUACACCUCAAGCACAUCGACCGCUACGAGGAGCACAAAGCCACCGUCUAUUUCCCCCGUAGUCCAGAGGCCGAGCUACCGGACAAAAACAGCCUGUGAGGGAAAAUGAGGAGCCGGACGACAAUGGGGGAGAGGGGUGGAGAGAAAGCUGAGAAGCGAGGCCGAGGGGAGUGCAAGAGACUACAAGAGCGAAAAAGUAUCCUCCACUGAAUAUUCGUUCAACAAAAUGACACCUUUGCCUGUUCAUAUGAAAACCUUCUAAGUCUUAACUACUUUAAAUAAAUGCCGACCGUGGUUGGAUACUUUUUCUUCUUUCCUCAUCGACCUGCAUCUUGGCAUCCGCAUUUUCUAAUAAGGCCUUUGGAUGUUCAAGCCUCUCCUAGAGUUAGCUCGUGACUGUAAUGUCAGAGGUCAAGGUCAGUCCCAGGGCCCUGAAGGGCAGUAAUGUAUACAGGUCUUUACCCCAGCCAGCCAUUAAAACCACAAAAGGCUAGCAACUGUGGCUAAUACAGCUAACAUCAGACGUUCCUGCUUAAAUGUGCGCAUUACACGGCUCACUGGUGUCAUAUUACAAGCUUCCAUCAGAGACAUUGUCUUUCCAGCUUUCAUCACAGUACACUUUGUCUAAUACUGCUGCAAGAAAUAUAUGCUUCAACGGCCACUUUUAUAGCUGAGAUAGCCGUAUUAGCUGCAUGCUGUAAAAGACCAGCCUAUCUGGGCUAGCACAGUGUUUCCUAAUAAUGUGUAAUGAGAAUCUUGACUUAAAAUAAUGAGACGUGGCACAAAGCAGAAGGGGCUUGAAAAGCUGUGGAAUGAAAGCAAAGCGAAAUAUGAGGAACCACUGGACUAGCAUCUGGCUGGAGUGACUAGACCAAUGCGACUUUCCCUUCAGAGCCUUCUCUCACCCCGCCCCUGAAGAAGACUGCUGCUUGGAACUUAACUGUGAAAAGACCUUUUACAGACCAGCCAGACGGAGGGGGUUCUACAAACUAGCACAAUAUUGGUUAGCUGCGGAAGCGCUAACAACAAACUAUCAAAGACUACAUAAGGACCUAUGCUGCACAAGACGGCCCGUCUGAGGGCGUGGCAGGAAGGCGGGUCUUGGGAUGAAACGACUCUCUGAGAGCCGAUGGUUCGGAGAAAGGGAGGCCAAGGGUACUCCAUCCACACCGCUGGAUCUGACUGCCAAAGUGAAACUACAGUGGAGUUGCCAUAAAAUAUGGUGAGAGACAAAGCGAGAUAAUGUGAAAAUGAAAGCUAACAAUUACAGCUAUGUACAAAACAAAAUACAAACAAACAAAAAAACACAUGUACAGAAGUGUCACUCUGCGGAGGUCUUUUUUUUUAUAUAUACAAUGUAAUCAUUACAUACUAUUAGGUACAGGAUGACUAUGCUAAUCCUCAUAACCAAAAGGAUAUUCAAAGCUGUAGAUACAUUAAGAUCUCUAUACGAUCAUAGCUGUUUACUAUCUUCAAAUACCGCACAACUAAUAAACAUAGGUACAAGUAAGACAUCGUGCUACGAGGAUUGGUAAAAGCGUCAAAUGCAUAUGAUUUUUUUCUACAGAAGAAUAACAUGUUACACUGUCUGUUUAUUUGUUUUAAGCUGGGCAAGACAACAUGAGGUCCAGAUUCAUCUAACUGUAAAUUACAGUAAAAAUUCCUACCAUAGAAGGACGAUACUAUGGAAUGCCGUCCACCCAUGGGGACUUAUAGAUGCCAUUAUUAUGCCAGAAGUCAAACUAGCAGCAGCCACAGUGUCAGUAAGUCAUUACUACUGAUUAAAAAAAAAGAAAACACUCAGCAUGACAGUAAAUAGAUAUCUUAACAUUCGAUAUGGCAGUUCUGUCAAUCUGUAGCAGUGUAAAAUGUGUUCUUUGGUCAUAAAUGUAUCCUACAAACUAUGAAACGGUUGAAGGCAGUUUGUCCCAGGACCAACUGAUGUACUUUGAAGAAUAAAAUGAUAUUCGGAGA